AUGAAUUUUCUUCAUCGAUUUUUUUUUAAUAUAUUUUUUCAUUUUUUAAAAGAUUUUCUUAAUCUUCUAAAGGAUUUGUUGUAUUUUUUUAUUUAAUUUAUUUUUUAAGUUUAAAUUUUUCUUUUUUAAUAGAUUUUUUAAGCUUUGUCUUUUACAUUUUAUUAUUUACUAUAUUUAAAAUAAAUUCCACAUCUUCAUAAAAUUUCUAGAAUUUUGUAUGGCUUUUUAACUUUUAAUAAAAUUAAGAAACUAUAGUCUUUUUAUCAGAAAUUUCAUUUUUUAUAUUUUCUAAAAACUCCUUAUAAUCUUUAUUGA